AUGGCGACCAUCACCACGCAGCUCCGCUCCGCGCUCCUCUCCCCGGCCGCCUCGUCCUCGUCCUCCUCCUCACCGCGCCGCGGCGGCCGGCGCGCGCCCUCCUCCGUCCGCUGCGAUGCCUCUCCCCCGGCGGCGUCCGCGUCGGCCUCCCUCGACCCGGACUUCGACAAGAAGGCCUUCCGCCACAACCUCACCCGCAGCGACAACUACAACCGCAAGGGCUUCGGCCACAAGAAGGAGACCCUCGAGCUCAUGAGCCAGGAGUACACCAGCGAUGUGAUAAAGACGCUCAAGGACAACGGGAACGAGUACACCUGGGGGCCGGUGACCGUGAAGCUGGCGGAGGCCUACGGCUUCUGCUGGGGCGUCGAGCGCGCCGUGCAGAUCGCCUACGAGGCGCGCAAGCAGUUCCCCGAGGAGCGCAUCUGGAUCACCAACGAGAUCAUCCACAACCCCACGGUCAACAAGAAAUUGGAGGACAUGGGUGUCAAAGAUAUUCCUGUUAACGCUGGUAUUAAGGAUUUUGAUGUUAUUGAACAAGGCGAUGUUGUUGUCUUGCCUGCAUUUGGAGCUGCUGUGGAUGAGAUGUACACAUUAAAUGAGAAGAACGUGCAAAUUGUUGAUACGACAUGCCCUUGGGUUUCAAAGGUGUGGAACAUGGUUGAGAAGCAUAAGAAGGGCGACUAUACUUCUAUUAUUCACGGAAAAUAUGCCCAUGAAGAGACUGUUGCCACUGCUUCUUUUGCAGGGAAGUACAUUAUUGUGAAGAAUAUGGUCGAGGCAACAUAUGUAUGUGAUUAUAUACUUGGUGGCCAACUUGAUGGGUCUAGCUCAACUAGAGAGGAGUUCCUUGAGAAAUUCAAAAAGGCUGUUUCUCCAGGAUUCGAUCCUGAUGUUGACUUGGAAAAGGUGGGCAUUGCAAAUCAAACAACAAUGCUUAAAGGAGAAACUGAACAAAUUGGAAAACUUGUUGAGAAGACUAUGAUGCGUAAGUAUGGAGUCGAGAAUGCCAAUGAACACUUUGUUGCAUUCAACACUAUUUGUGAUGCCACACAGGAAAGACAGGAUGCGAUGUAUCACCUAGUGAAGGAAAAGGUUGACCUUAUUCUGGUUAUUGGAGGGUGGAACUCCAGUAAUACCUCUCAUUUGCAAGAAAUUGGAGAACUCAGUGGAAUUCCGUCCUACUGGAUUGACAGUGAACAAAGGAUUGGACCAGGAAACAGGAUUAGCUACAAGCUAAAUCACGGUGAGCUUAUUGAGGCAGAAAACUGGCUACCAGAAGGGCCUAUCACAAUUGGAGUUACUUCUGGUGCCUCAACCCCGGACAAGGUUGUUGAGGAUACGCUACACAAGGUGUUUGACAUUAAGCGUCAAGAAGUUUUGCAGGUUGCAUAG